AUGCAAAACUCGUGGGCGUUUUACAUUGGUCGAGGGCGGGUCGAUCUUAUAGUUGCAGAUAAUGAGGCCUUACCAAAGCAACUCCCAAACGGGCAUAUAUUUCUGAAAGCGGUGUGCGUGAUAUUAAAACGCAAAUCUACACAACCAAUGACGGAAUCAUCACUUGAAAUAUAUACCAAGACGAACAGUAGUAUUACCUUACCGAUUUCAAAACGGGUGCACAGUUCUGGAAGCCGUGUGCGUGAUAUGAGAUACACAUAUAAUACAACCAAUGACGGAAGCAUGGCGUAG